CUUUGGUGCCCUUCCUGCAUCUUCACUGUCCUGCAAGUUCUUUCUCUAGGUGAACUAGCAAACUUGUUCUGUACAAUAGACUCUCUCUCCUGCUCUCUCCCUGACCGAAUCAACCUGUCACUCGCUAUUCUGCUCCACCAGUAACGGCUGCGCGCCUCGUCACCUGCGGAUCUGGGAUCUGCGGCAAGGAUCAAGAUCGCCCCCACGUCAACCGAGCCAAUCCUACAGACCGACAUCAUUCACGCUCGUAUACGAGAACAAAUAGUUUGCCUGGUGAUUCUCUAGCAAUAGACGGAUAGAGCUGCUUCUCCAGCUUGCUCGCUGCCGGCGCAAGUCCCUCAUCCUCCUCACAGCGCAUCUGCCACAACACAAUGAAGCCCUUCCGAAGAAGACAAUGCCUGCAUGUGGCGUUAUCGGCCAUUCUGUUGACGCAAAAUGCCCUCGCAAUACAGCUCGACCUUUCAAACACCGACUCAAUAAAAGCCGCCGCCAGAGUUGUUGCCGAUGAGAUGGUGUCCUAUUACACUGGAUAUCGACCUGGAGAUGUCCCUGGGAAUCUCCCUGCUCCAUAUUACUGGUGGGAAGCUGGUGCAAUGUUUGGAGCACUGAUUGACUACUGGUAUUUCACCGGGGAUGAUUCAUUCAACGAGAUCACCACCCAAGCCAUGCUCCAUCAAGUUGGCCCUGACAACGAUUUCAUGCCACCCAACCAGACAAAGACCGAAGGAAACGACGACCAAGCGUUCUGGGGGAUGGCCGCUCUCUCUGCGGCAGAGAACAUCUUCCCCAAUCCCCCAGCAGACCAACCCCAGUGGCUGGCACUCGCUCAGGCUGUUUUCAACACGCAGGCAGCGCGCUGGGACACGACCUCUUGUGGAGGUGGUUUGAAGUGGCAAAUUUUCGCGUUCAACAACGGGUACAAUUAUAAGAACACCAUUUCGAACGGAUGCUUUUUCAACAUGGGUGCUCGCUUGGCGGUUUACACCGGCAACCAGACGUACGCCGACUGGGCGGAUCGCAUGUGGGAUUGGGUGUCGGCCAUCGGUCUGCGGGAUGCGCAGUACAACUUUUUUGACGGCAGCGAUGACACCAUCAACUGCACCCAGCUCGACCAUAUCCAGUGGACAUACAACGCCGGUACAUUCCUUGUCGGGGCUGCCAACAUGUACAAUUUCACAGGGGGGAGUCAGGUCUGGGAGGACAGAAUCAACGGGAUCAUUGGGAGGCUAAAUGUUUUUCUGCAGAACAAUAUUCUGAAGGAAGUUGCCUGUGAAGGCGUCAACCCGGAUGGUUCCGAUACCUGCGACGUCGAUCAACGCUCCUUCAAGGCUUACCUCGCUCGAUGGAUGGCGGCAACGAUGGUCAGAGCUCCCUUCACUUACCCGCUCUUGAAACCGAUCUUGGAAACUUCGGCUGCAGCUGCGGCUUCCGUCUGCACAGGAGGUGUCAAUGGCACUUCAUGUGGGUUGAAAUGGUGGACGGGCCAAUUCGAUGGCAGCACUGGAGUCGGCGAACAAAUGUCGGCCUUGGAAGUCAUCCAAUCCAACUUGGUCACCCAGGUCGCCGGUCCUGUCACUCAGGGCUCUGGAGGAACCAGUAAGGGAGAUCCCAAUGCCGGCACGUCAAGCCCGAUUGGCCCCGAGGAUCUGAACAAGGAGGAAGUUACCGCAGCCGAUAAAGCUGGAGCGGCCAUCCUGACUGUUUUGUUGGUUUUCUUCAUUGUGGGAGGCGCAUGGUGGAUGGUUCUCUAAACCGGAGAUUCUUCUGUUCGAAACGGCCGGCAUUGCUUGCGGAAGCUAGACGGCGGAGGACGUACGUUAUGAUUUGACGAUUGGCAUUAAACUUGGCGUUACACCGGCUGAGGUCGGCGGCUGAGGGUCUGUUUGUGUCUAGCAAGAACGGUCAGGUGCUGGGGGGAUAUGGGAGCAUUUAGACACUGGGACUGAAGAGGCGGCUCUGGGAAGCUGGCAUUCCCCGUGUGAGAAAGCCUUUGCUCAAACCCGGCCAAGAAUUGGCGCUCAGGCGAUCGGCAUUGAGCGCUCGGUGUGAACGGUAUCGGUCCAUCCAGCUUUGCGCACAUCUUAUGCGAGCGCUGGCAACGGGAGACUUCUUUCAACGCAUCGCUGAUUGCAGAUUUUGUACAGAUCACCUGGUCCAAAGAUCAUCCUCCAGAUACAAUGGACAGACUUUUACUUUCCU